GUACACCGCCGAGGCGGCGGCCAACUGUCACCGGCCCCUCGCCGAUAAGGACCAGAGCGCCAGCGCAUCGCGCUUGGCGCGAAUAGCGGCCAGUGAGACACGGGCGUCCAGUCAGUGAAGGAUCUUCGUCACCGCCAUGAGAACCCUUCUAGUGGCCAUUCUGACGGUAGUGGCGGUGGUCGCCGCCGCGGCCGCGGCCGGCAGCGAGGACUUCUGCUCGCGGUGCGACACCAGCGGCCUGCGGUACCGGCUCGUCCGCGGCGCGGCCGAGGCGGGGGCCUGCGACACGGGCGUGUACUGCGACUGCGACCGCGGCAGGGAGGAGCGGUGCUUCCUGUGGGUGCUGGGCCGCAGGUUCAACGAGGAGGCGCAGCGGUGCGAGUUCAACUUCGACUGCCACGCGUGGCUGGACGACAACAACACCACUGGGCUAAAGCGGGGUUGACCCGCUCUGGGGAUACCGCGCGGUAAUUUCUUUGUGAUUUUUAAAAUGUAGUAUUGGUGUUCUCUGACUUUAUGUUGUACAAAGCAGAUCAAAAAAUGCAAUGAAAUAUCAAUGUAUAUAAAAUAAACUUUUACUCGAACCCGAGAAGACUUUAGAAA